AUGGCCACGACGCAGAAAUGUGUCCACCAAGGUUGUGGCAAGAACUUCACCGAUGCUACAGAGAAGUGUGAAUACCAUCCCGGUCCACCGAUCUUCCACGAAGGAUGGAAAUGCUGCAAGACCCGCGUCCUUACCUUUGACGAAUUCAUGUCCAUACCACCAUGCACAACGGGCACCCAUUCCACCACCGACAUACCUCCUCCCGUCGAAGAAAAGCCCAAAGAAGACGAGGCCUCGCUCGCCAGAAAAAUCGACGUGCUCACAACGCCCACGCCGAGCCGCCUGCCCAUCCAGCCGCCUCAAUCGGUACCUACGCCUCCUCCGCCUGCUCCAGAAACAGACGAUGACGAUCCGAGCUUGGAAAUCCCCGACGGAAGCACAUGUCGCCGACGGACCUGUGGGAAGAGAUACAAGAGAGGCAGUUCGCGAGAGGGCGAAACGUGCGUCCACCACCCCGGUGUGCCCAUAUUCCACGAGGGCAGCAAGGGGUAUUCGUGCUGUAAGAGAAGAGUCUUGGAGUUUGACCAGUUCAUGAAGAUUGAAGGGUGCAAGACCAAGGAUAGACAUCUGUUCAUUGGCAGUGGGAAGAGGGACAAGGACCAUGGCCGGGACAAGGCGGACCCCACUGGGGAGGAGGUAUUGAGCACAGUCAGGCACGACUUUUACCAAACUGCCACCUGCGUCAUUGCCGCCUUUUUCCUCAAGAAAAUCAAAAAGGAAAACGCCAAGGUUCAGUUUCAAGAAAAACAGCUUGCUCUCGAGUUGAUGACGAGCGAUUCCCCGCCGAAGCGAUAUACAGCAGACGUGCCCCUCUACGGACCGAUUGACACAAGCAAGUCGUCGUUUAAGAUCCUGGGGACGAAGCUGGAGGUCACUCUUGUAAAGGCAGAUGGGUCUUCGUGGCCGGUGCUCAGGGGGGAUGAGGCGUUGACGGGUGAAAUAUACCAAGUUGGACGGGCGGGCAUGGCGCAGUAG